AUGCAGCCAUACCUAAAUUUAUUAUCAUUCGUAAAAGUAAAUAAAUCCUUAUCUGAAUUAAAUUCCACUUUUGAAAAAUUGUUGAUAUUAGUUAAAAAAUGCGGUGCAACCAACUUUACGUUAAGUAAUGAAUACAAAGUUAAUAAUAUAGUCAUAAGUUUAAGCCAUACUGAUGAUGGAAGGAACAGAGCAUUUGUUGAUUAUGCUAACAAACUUAAUCCGAUUAUCGUCUAUUCUGAUAACUCAAAAAAACCUAAGAAACCUAAGAUAGAAAUGACGAAUAAUUCGUCUAUUUUAAAAUCUCGUCAAAUAGAACAUCUAGUCCUUGGCGGAGAUGGCAUACAUAAUAUUGGUUUUACAUCUGUAUGUUCUGCAGGUUUUUGGGUGCGAACAACAAAUGGUUCGACUUACUUAGCAAGUGCAGGGCAUUGUGCAAGUAAUGGCCCAUUUAACCCAGAUGAGUUCGUUGAUUUUUAUCAUUUACCAUGGGAUAGUGAAGUGACGGAUCUUUAUAUUGGGCCAAUGGUUUCGCACACUAUCUCAGGAGUCGAUAGAGGUUUUAUUUUGAAACAAAAUGAUAUUAGAGCCGUCCCAAUCAUAAGAAAUACAGACGAUACAGAGUACCCAGAACUACAUAUCAUCGGUACUGUAGAUCUAGAUACUGUUGGAACUAUUGUAUGUAAAUCUGGUUAUUUCGCUGAUAUUUCACGUGUCCAGUGUGGUGAGAUAAUAGCAAUUAAUGCUGAAAUCACCAUGGGGGGUGAAAAGUAUAGUGUUGUUAAAGUAACUAAUAUGGGUUGUGAUGGCAAUAGUGGCGCACCUGUGCACCAAUAUCUUAAUGAAUUACUUCCCAAUGUUUUGCUUGCCGGCAUGCUUAUAGGUGGGAAUAAUCAUUUUUGUGAAGUUGUACCAUUAAACUUGAUUCUAACUGAAGGCAUACAUGUUAUUACAGUCAAUAAUCCCUAA